AUGAAAUCUUGGAAGGAUAGAUCCGCAAAAGUGCAAGUGAAGGAGUCAGAAUUGCCUUCGUCUAUACCGGCGCAAACUGGACUGACAUUCAACAUAUGGUAUAGCAAAUGGUCGCAGGGGUUUGCGGGGAAUACACGGUUUGUUAGUCCUUUUGCUUUACAGCCGCAACCUCAUUCCGGAAGGACCAGGGGUGACAAUGAUGAUCAAUUAUUCUUUUGUCUAUUUUUUGCAAAGGGUAUGUGUUGCCUUGGCUCUAAAUGUCAGUAUUUGCACCAUAUACCAAACGAAGAUGAUGUAGACAAACUAGCCCUAAGAACAGAAGUAUUGGACUGUUUUGGUAGGGAGAAAUUUGCUGAUUAUAGAGAGGAUAUGGGCGGGGUCGGUUCGUUUAGGAGGAAGAACAGGACAUUGUAUAUUGGUGGAAUUGACGGGGCAUUGAACGGCAAGCAUUUGAAGUCUACUCAGAUAGAAAGUAGGAUUCGAUUUGUGUUUUCUCGACUGGGUGCCAUAGAUAGAAUACGAUACGUUGAGGACAAAAAUUGUGCAUUUGUAAAGUUUAAAUAUCAGGCCAACGCGGAAUUCGGUAAAGAAGCUAUGAGCAAUCAAACAUUGCUGCUGCCUAGCGAUAAAGAAUGGGAAGAUCGCAGAGAGGGUACAGGGUUAUUGGUGAAGUGGGCUAAUGAAGACCCUGACCCAGCUGCGCAGAAAAGGCUACAAGAAGAACAAAAAUUAGAGUCCCUAAACAUGAUGGUACGUCUAAUCAAUAAUAAUACCAUCACCAGUGCUGGCGCUGGGGUUGAUAAUAACACUAAAAAAAUACCAGACAGGAAGGAAACUCCAGAAGUUAGUAUUAAUAGUACUAAAAAAAGGCUGCUACCGAUCGAUAAUGGAUUGCAAAGUGAUAUUUUUAUAGAGAAUUUGAAGAAAUUGAAAAAGAAUGAAAAUAUAGAACAUAAUCCUUCAAAUUCAUUUUCCAGAAAAGUGGGUGGCCCUUUGGUAGAUUAUCCUUCCUCCGAUGAGGAAUAG